UACAGAGGCCACGUUAGUAAGUAAUUAGAGAGUAAAUCAGAUAUAAUGGAAACUAAAGGUACUUUCAACUUCCUGGAAUAAAGUAAACAUAAAUUUGCUGCUCUGAUUCAAACUUUUCUUUACAUGACUACCUACGGCUACGGCGUAAUCAAGGCUGCUCCUCCGUUUGAUGUAAUCUUCACCAUUUUUUCUGUUUUACAAAGCUUUCUUUCAUGUGUUUCUUCGUUUUCAUGUUCUUAGCUUUGACAAACUAUUUUUUUUAAACCUUUGGUAGCGAUUCAGUAGAAGACACAUUUGCUCUAGUCUAUUUUCUCACUGGUUAGUUCCUUCAAAAGCUUCAAUUUCAUUCAAUUUGCCUUUAGUCCAGAUCAGGAUUUAUUAUUUGAUCGUAAACUAAAAGAUAUGUAUUUUGAACAACAUUUAACAGCAGAUAAAAAUCUUUUGUUGCCGUCGUUUAUCCGUACCCAUAUAUCGACGAAUCGAAGUUGUUGUGGCGGAGAAAAAGACGAGACACUACGGUUAAAAAAAGUGAGACUGUUAAAAAAACAACCAACUCAUCUUCGUCUAUCAUUUUCAUCGCCAGUUGUCAAAAAUGAAGAAUCAAAAAUAAAAAUUCAAACACAACAAAUCGCUCCACACUAUGAAGAAAACUCGUUGUAUAAUGAUAUAAUAACAAAUGCAUGGCCUGUAUCAUUGACGUAUGUAGAAAAUUUAGCCAUAACAAAUAAACGGUGUAAAUUUUCUAAUGAGCCUGUUUCGAUAAAACCAGUACACGCAAUUCCAGGAAUCGGGAAAAAAUAUGGACAAAUAUUGGCAGAUCAUGGAUUUUUAUAUGCCCGGCAACUUCUCGGUUAUUACAUUAUUUUAAAAGACGGUGAAAUGUUUCGUAAAUGGUUAGAAUACAAAUUUUCAAUUCCGACAUUCCGAGCAGCUGAAAUUACAGCAGCACUCAGUGAAUUAUUACGACGAACAUUAUAG